UAACGAUACCGGAUAAACUUGUGAAAUGUGCUUCUUCAUAUUAUUCCAGAAAAGCGUUUCAUCUCCUGUAGUGAUGCUGUGAGAGCAAAAAUAUGUCCGUCGCAUUUUUACUUAAUUAAUUUGAUAUGCACUUGAGGAAGCGCUGCUAAAAUCAUUGAGUUGGCGUCAGCAGCAAGUGCCAGCAAGUCCGGUUAGACGUGGUGUUUAUGGUUACCCGACUCCCUUUUUCCUCCGGAGGUGAAUUGAUGUGUUUUUAUGUUUUUUUCGCCCGAUAAAUGACUUCACACUGGUGCUGUUUGUGUACUCAAAGCUGCGUCGAGGAUGCAGGGAGAUGAGGGCGGUGCAGCAAUAGUCUCAGCAUCAUCAUGGACCGCUCCAGCCGGCGGCUACCUGCCACCUACCUGUAGCAUCAACCGGCAACAUGGCGAACACGACCCACGGUACCCGGGACCCAAGCGACGGCCGCUGUGGUGUCUCUGGAGAAGCCAUAGUGGAGAAUGGCUGUGUAGUGACGGACCAGAAUUCCUCUGACCUUCACAAGCAUACCAACAACCACUGCCAUGAUCCCUGCACGACCCCGCACAGCGAGCCCGUCGUGCCCAUUUACAAGCCAUCCUGCUCCUCUACCCCCAUCUACUAUUGCAGCCCCCAGAAAAGAUACUCAGACCUGAACCAGGACAGCCACAGCUUGACUUCCCAGGACUCUGGUAUCCCGACUCUGGAGAUCAACCCUCCAGAGCCCAUCCUCCACAGCCACCAACGCCCAGGUGACGGAGGCCUCAUCUCGGACUCCAGUCCCUACUCUCCUGCCACUUUAACUUUGGAUGAUGAUCCCUCUGAUGGCAACUCCAUCCGCAAAUCCUCCACCUUCCCCCGCAGCGGGUACGACUCCAUCCGCCACUUUAGCCCCGCCCUCAGAUUAUCCGCCACAACGGGGAUGGGUCUCGGGGGCGGAGCUUUAAACCGCAGCGACGACAUCUCUGUGUGCAGCGUGUCCAGCAUGAGCACAGAGCUAUCGGUCUCCAAUGAAGACAUCUUGGAUUUCACCGUCACCUCUGACUCCAGCGCCAUUGUUACCUUAGAGACGGAUGACAGCGGCGCAGCUCAUUUCUCAGACGUGACGCUGUCGUCGUCACCCGGAGACUUAUGGAGUCCUGUACGGCUGCAUCCGGGGUCUGGGGUCACGCAACAGGAAGAGGACGGCAGAAUGAAGAAGCUGGGACCUCUGGCAAGCUUAUUCAACAGGAGCCUGUUUGCCAGGAGGGUGAAAGACAGUCGGCCAGUGGAGCAAAAGGAUCCAGGGUGGAAGCUGUUUGGGAAGGUCCCACCACGGGAAGGCCCCAUCAAGGACCCGAAAAGAAUACAGAAGGAAUAUGAAACCAAGAGUGGCAGAGCUGGACCUGGCAACCCGACGUCUCCCAGGCACGGUGUGAGGAAAAACUUGGACUUUGAGCCCCUCUCCACCACGGCACUUAUACUGGAGGACAGACCUGCUAAUCUGCCUGCCAAGCCAGCCGAGGAGGCCCAGAAACACAGACAGCAGUAUGAAGAGAUGGUGGCCCAGGCCAAGAAGAGAGAGUUGAAGGAGGCUCAGAAGAGAAAGAAGCAGCUGGAGGAUCGGUGUAAGCUUGAGGAAAGCAUUGGCACAGCCGCCCAGAUCUGGAACCAGGAGAUCUUGCCUAACUGGAGUGCAACGUGUACAUCUCGACGAGUGAGGGACCUCUGGUGGCAGGGCAUCCCCCCCAGUGUACGAGGCAAAGUGUGGAGCCUGGCCGUGGGCAACGAGCUCAACAUCACACAUGAACUGUAUAGCAUCUGUCUAGCCCGGGCAAAAGAGAAGUGGAGGACCACGCCAGCUCCGUCCUUAGAGAUUGAAACUGAAGAUGCCGGUUCGUCAGAUAGGGAGUCGAGCCUGGAGCUGAUCAAGCUGGACAUCUCCAGAACUUUCCCCCACCUCUGUAUCUUCCAGCAGGGCGGGCCAUAUCAUGAUGUGCUGCACAGCAUUCUGGGAGCAUACACUUGUUACCGGCCAGACGUUGGCUACGUGCAGGGAAUGUCGUUCAUCGCAGCAGUGCUGAUCCUGAACCUGGACACAGCAGAUGCCUUUAUAGCUUUUGCCAACCUGCUCAACAAGCCCUGUCAGAUGGCCUUCUUCAGAGUCGACCACAGCCUUAUGUUGACUUACUUUGCGGCAUUUGAAGUGUUCUUUGAAGAAAAUCUACCAAAGCUCUUUGCACAUUUCCAGAAAAACAACUUGACCCCCGAUAUUUAUUUAAUCGACUGGAUCUUCACCCUGUACAGUAAGUCUCUGCCGUUGGACCUGGCGUGUCGGGUGUGGGAUGUGUUCUGCAGAGACAACGAGGAGUUCCUGUUCCGCACGGGGCUGGGCCUGCUGCGUCUCUACCAGGAAGUUCUGACCCCCAUGGACUUCAUCCACAUGGCUCAAUUCCUCACCCGCCUGCCCGACCUCAUCCCCGCCGAUCAGCUCUUCCAGCACAUCGCUGCUAUUCACAUGACUAGCCGCAACAGGAAGUGGGGGCAGGUCCUGCAGGCGCUACAGAAAGAUCCGGAGCGAGGCAGCCCGGUGCUGAAGCGCUGAGCUGAGAGAGGAAAAGCAUCACGCGUUACCGGACUCAACCAGUUCCCCUCCAGCCCUCAGUGAGAAACGGGACUCUCGGCCGGCCGGAUGGACCUCAGAAAGACCUUUUUAACUCCAGCGGGACAGAACUGGUUGCUGUGAUGAAACCUCUUCCCCAGCGCUGCGUCACCACUCUAACUGGAACCAGGACCUUGAAGGGGGUCCUUCAGUGAUGAGGGAGGGGGUGUGAAAAGGAACACGAGGCCUUAUUUAUCUCCCACCACCCCUCCUCUGCUCAAAGACCCAGCAGCAGACAGGAAAGUGUAGCUGGCAGAGGUUGAAGAAUGUAUCACACACACACACACACACACACACACACACACACACACACACACACACACACUGGGCUGAUUCAGAGGAAAUUAUAGAUACCAGUUACUGCUCGAAUCCUCCACUUAGAUUUAAAUUCUCUGCUGUCAACACUCUUUCUAGCUACAGUUCUACUUGUCUGUCCUUUUAAAUGUGACUUUUUAACAAAAAUGUGAUUCCGCAAUCUCUAAAAGAAAAUGUCCUAAAAUGACCUCCAGAGUCAGAUCUGAGUCAGUGUUGAAAUAUUUUAAGUGGAACGUCAGUUAGUGUCUCGAUCUCUUUGUUUCUGCACUUUUCUUUUCCUCAAAACUUUGAUCAUUCCUUCAGUUUGAUUUUGUCCUCAGUGUGCUUUUCAUUUGUGUGUUUUCCAGUUGGUACAGAUUUGUUUCCUGAACCAUUCCAUGAAGUCAACCCUGGCUUGAGUUAAAAUCCAUGAAAUGCACGUAACCUUCAUGCUGAAGACAGAUUUGGUGUCUCUGAGAGCACCAGGUUGUUACAUUUGUUUUAACCCUCUGAAAAGACGUCAUAAGCUGCCUGUAAAACGAUUUUUACAGUAUAUUUAUGUCAAUGAAACUGGAGCAAUUAAUGAGGCGUGCUGCUGUUCGACACGUGACACUGACAACAUGUGGUCAGUGUCAGACAUGGACCUCGUCUGCCCUUAAUGUUUGAGGUACUUUUCAGCUUGUUAGUGUUUUAAGUUCCUGAUGUCUUGGUGUGGGUGUGAUGUCUUUACAUUUUAUAUUUUAUUUAAUAUUUAUCAAAAGGACAUGAAUGGGACUUGUUCCAGUCUAAUGAAGGGUUUUUUGCUGAGCCUCUCCCCACCCAAGCACAUGCUUUAUUUGAACAAUGAAAAGAGUAACACACAGUAUACACACAGAAGUCAACAUAUGCAGCGCGUUGUUAAAAGCAAGUAAUAUAGUGCGCUCUAAUCUUUGGGCCUUGACGCAGCAACUUGACAAUCAUCUGUCUGCAUUUAAAUAGGUGGUUGUGUGUUGUGUGUUUCAUUCCAAAGUGUUGUUUGGGUUGCAAAUUCUUAUUUCCUGUUGUGCAGAACAUACGUGGAUGUCAGUGGUGACCUGGCCCUCAGGUACCGUGUCAUCGCAUGUGCUUUGUGGCCGCUGUUAUUUGCGGUUGUCGCUAUGUCAGGGCCCACGGUGCGUUCACACCGUGGUCAAUGUGUCACUUUGUCCUCACCAGCAGCGGCCGGGGGCAGUAGUUACAUCACUGUUGGUUGGCGCUUUAUUACCAGCAUUGUUUUGAUGACUUACACUAGGCUACACAGUUGGUACACAUUUCUUGAUAAUCGGCUAUUAAAAAAAGAAAAAAAUCUAUCUUACUCUUGAUCGCAUACAGGAUGUUAAAUAUCUUCUUUUUUUUGUGAGCUGCCCAUUUUGUUCAGAAACGGCUGCUGGCAUUUCUCUGUUAACUUCCUUUUGUGCCCUUUACUCUUUGUGAUGUAUUUAGCCUCCGUAUCUCUCUGCCUAAAUGCCUCUUGGACCACGGCUGAAGUAUAACACGUGUCCUUGGUUUAAAAACAGGAAGCGCCUUUCAUUUGUAAAUCAUCAUCUUGUGCCGGCUCAUGGCUGCGAACGGACGCACUGUCUGUGUUUUCAGCGUGUGCAUCAGCUCUGCACCAUGCAGCCCCCCACCACUCCCCCAGUGUGGUGACACACACCGCAGGACUGCAAUAAAGCGUUUUGCACAUUGAUGUGAGCCUUUGAGUUGUGACUCGCUUCAUCACUUUGUCAUCACUCGCAGGUUUAAACGGGUCGUCGGUUUUUCAUCCUUUCAUUUCUUUUGUGCUUAAGUAGUGACAAUGCAAGUUGACGUGUGUGUAUGGCAGUGUGGCAUUUGCAUAAUGAGAUCAAUUAGUAAGGUGUUACAUUAAAGGCUGGCCUGGAUAUUAAUUGACCCUCCAAGCUCUACCAACACUACCUGCUUCCUAACACACACAUGAAAUCACACCACUGUAUGAUCCACAAUGGCCAGAAACAAAAUUCAAUCAAACUAAAUUUGAAUAUAAAGUGUAAUAUGCUGUAAUUUCUUGGGUUCUGUUUGUUUUGCAUUGUCAGUUUUUUUGUUUUGUUUUUUUCUUCCCCUCAAGAGACCUGUUGUACUGUAGAGGACUAACAGACAUACAUGGAGACAGCUGAGGGUUACCAUGCCACUUUAUCUCACUUGAACUGUAUAUAAACAACUGUUUUAUUAAAAUAAAGAGCUGUACAUAUUCAACCAGGA